AUGUCUUCCAGUGGCUCAAGCGACGAUGAAGAGCAGCGUUUCGACCAGAUGCUAGGGAAUAUAGAGGUCGAUGAUCUUCAUGAGGCAGAUAUAGAAGCCAUAAUCAACCAAAUGGUUUGCGAAGUGUUCAGGCCGGCUGGAAGAAACCCAACGGAUCACUCGACCUGCUUCCAAGCCUGUGUUGACAUGGUGAAGGAUACAGAUGUCAUUCAUGCUACCAACUUCAGGGAAUGGGAGAAGCAUCGGUACGUCCUGGCUGGCCUGUUUGCCCUGCGGUCAGUGGCGCUCGCAGCCAGGCCAGCUAACCCAGUUGAGUUUUGGAUGAUCAAUGCUCCCGUGGCCGUCGCAGCUGCAGCAGCGCUCAGCCUACCCCGGAUGCAAAUUCAAAAGGACAGCCCACUCAUCAACACUUUCAACGAGAGUAAUCUCUGGGACUGGGUUGGAUGUGCCAUCGACCUUUGGGCAACAUCAGCACGCCAAUUCGUCUCCACACUCCCACGUGGAUCGAUUGUUCACCCCAUGCAACAGGGGAAGAAGACAGACCUAAGCGGCCUGCUACCAUGCACUGCCUACCCGUUGCAAUCCGUUACCCUCUCACUCUUCGUUCAUCUUCGCAUCUUGAAAGCCACAAUCCCGCGUCAGAGUUGGCUUCAGGAGCAGAUGGUCCCGAGACUCGCCAUCACUCGCCGAGAAGAAGCCAUGGAGAAGGGAAAAGAGGUGCUGGCGAAGCUUGGGAGUGAGCACCAUGACCAAGCCGCUCUCAGAGAGCCGUUGAAUGAGUGGCUUACUUACAAGUUCCUCCUCGUUCUCCCAAGAGAUGUCAAGGACAAGCUCUGGCUAUGGUCUCGUCAACACAACUCAUUAUGGCAACCCUGGAUUCUACGAGCCAGUCAAGACUUGACUGAACACCAUAAAAUUGUCCACUCAUCACAGAUUUCUGCACGGCUAGCAUCUCAAGACCUCCGGCGAUGGUUGGAUCAUGGACGAUGUCUUGUCAUUCUCCUCGAAGAUCGAGUCUCUAGGGGCACCCUAGUCCAAAUUGUCCAUUGGAUGCGAUAUGAACACGGGAACGAACGACACAUUGUGUCGUCAGAGAUCACCAAACUAUGGAAGAUGGUGACAGAGAACUUGAAAUCAAAACUGACUCCUGAGCGCUUGCCUGUUCAGAGGUCCCAGGAGCCAUUGUUCGUGGGCCCCAGAGAUGAGGCUGACAGAGAGGCCUUGGUCAAAAUCAUCCAACAGAUUCUUGAUGCAAGCAUCUGCGUGAGUCCAAAGUGUCCAUCUAUUGUGGAUACCUGGCUGGUAUUGCUUCCAAAGAUGGGCGACACUCUGCUUCCCAGCUUCUGCUUCGACUCAGACAAGGCGAAACAGAGACGGGCUUUGGCCGAGAAGCGCCCCUGGCAAACAAGACUGGACGACGAAAAGUUUUCCGAAAUGGCAGCUACGGUAAACAAGAUUGAUCCAGAGAGUCUGCUGAUUGCCUUCAUCGUUUUCCACGUCUACGUGCCUCAGAUCCUGGACGAUAAGGAUUCCGAACUGCUGGCGCAGUGUCUCCAACCCCCCGAGGCGGUCUCAAAGACGUCGCCAAGGAUCGUUUUCAGGAGAAAACGGAGAUACUCAGAGGUUGAGCCUUGA